ACAAGAUGUCGGACGCGUACGAUGUUGUUGGUGGUUCGUUGAAGUUAAAAGGUGUCAAAGAUGGAGGAGUUAAAAAAAAAAAAAAGAAAAGCAAGGAAAAGAAAGAAAAAGCAAAGAAUAUAGAUGUUCCAAGACAAGAUGAUAAGGCAUCGGAAAUGAUAUCCAAGCCAAAGGAUAAAAGAACACCAGCUCAGAUUGCUUUUCAUAGAAUACAAGAAAAAAGAGCAGCUGACAGAAUUUUAUCUAAAGCAUCUCAAAGUCAUAAAGAACGUGUUGCAGAGUUUAAUGAAAGACUGGAUAAGUUAACUGAACAUUAUGAUAUUCCAAAAGUCAGUUGGACCAAGUAAAUCAAAGGGAAUAUUGGUGGAUAUUCAUUGUUGUGGAAUAUAUUGAUGGAAUAUAUUGUUUCAACAUACUGAUUUUCGGUCAAAUGCAAAAAAAGAAGCUGCUAUAAAUAGGGAUUAAAGGAUUGAGUUUGUAAAAUUUAAUUAUAUUAUGACUUUGUUGGAGGAGUGCAUGUAUUGUGCUAAUAGUAAUCAAGAAAUGGAUUGAGUGCAACUAUUGUAAAUAUAUGUCUUAAUUAUUUUUUAAAUCUUGUACAUUUUUCACAUGGUAAAAAUAGGGAUUAAAGGAUUGAGUUUGUAAAAUUUAAUCAUAUUAUGACUUUGUCGGAGGAGUGCAUGUAUGGUGCUAAUAGUAAUCAAGAAAUGGAUUGAGUGCAACUAUUGUAAAUAUAUGUCUUAAUUAUUUUUUAAAUCUUGUACAUUUUUCACAUGGUAACUAUCAUAACUAAAAUGUAUCGUCAAGUUUUAGAUUAGGAGCUAAAUUUUGAAUCAUUAUUUUAGCUCUC